GUCUAGCUGCUAACAUCAGUGCGCGCACGUUGCGACCGCUGAUGCACGCUUGCAACGCAUUCUAAAAUGGCGGAUUGGUCGCAUUUUGACCGCGAAAUCGGGUGUUUUGAAUUCCCAUACGUAAACCAAAUUGCAACUACAUCACAGGAGUAUCCAUCGCGAAAUUUCACCGUGCUCCUCACGCCGCCAGGGAAACCUUCAGACUGUUAUGGAAGGGGAGAUAGUCCUCGUGAACUCCGGAAUAAGGCAGAAAAGCAAAGAAGAGAUAAGAUGAACAAAUCAAUUUCACAUUUGGCAAGUUUGGUACCACCAGUGGCGAUCCCUGCUCGAAAAAUUGACAAGACUAGCGUAUUGCGACUUACUGCACAUUACUUACGCUCACAUCAAUAUGUCUUUGGAGACAGUUUAGACAGGGCGAGAAACCGUAAGGAAUUCAGCUGUGAUUUCACAAAAACUCUACUAAAAACGUUAAAAGGAUUUCUCAUAACGGUCACCUAUAAAGGGCUCUUUGUGGUCAUAUCUCCAAAUGUAGAGGAAUACUUGGGUUACUCCGAGUUAGACUUGCUUGGUCACAGCAUAUAUAAUUACGUACACGAAAGUGACCAGGCUGUAUUGAGGGAGCAAUUGACACCACCAAUUUAUAUGUUGGGUUCAAAUGGCCAAUUACUGAUACCCGACGAUCCAGAUGGAAAGAAGAAGAUCACUGACGAACUCGUCAAUGAAAAACGGAGUUUUAUUGUUCGGUUUAAGAGACUUAAUCAGCAAAAAUCAGGACAAAUACAUUUCUUGUCGUGCCAUAUAGAAGGAACCUUCAGAAAAGCAGAUAGGGCCUGCCCGAAUUACAAUAAACACUGUCACAUUGUUCGCCGAGCAAGAUAUAGAGGUGAAAAGCCAACUUCGAGUGGAAAUGACAUUGUUUUUAUUGGGAUCGCCCGACCGGCAACAGAGACAUUUAUGACUGAGAGAUUCCUGGAGUCUUUUAAAAUGGAAUAUCGCACCCGUCACUCAAUAGAUGGACAAAUCAUUCAAUGUGAGCAACGCAUAGCCUUAGUAACGGGGUACAUGACACACGAAGUUAGUGGAGUGAAUGCGAUGAACUUUAUGCACCGAGACGACGUGCGAUGGGUCAUAAUCGCCCUACGUGAAAUGUACGAUGAAAAUCGGCUCUAUGGGGAGUCUUGUUACCGACUGAUGACCAAAAACGGACAAUUUAUUUAUAUGCGAACCCGGGGACAUUUGGACGUUGACAAAAAUACGAAUGCCGUCACCAGCUUCGUCUGUACUAAUACGGUAGUUAACGAACGGGAAGGCAAAGAAUUAAUCCGUUUGAUGAAGAAGAAGUUUAUGCUACUCGUGAACAAUGGGGACACUAAGGAAUUAGAUGACAUCAAUGUUUCAGAGGAAAAUUGUUCAAGCCUACCCGUCGAAGAUCCCGAACAACUGCAAGAAGUAAUUCUUCAUUUAGUUACCAAUUUGCCCUCCAAAGAUAAUACGGACAAUGUACUAGAUACACCCAAUGAUAUCAACUAUACUCGCUUAUCAAUAAUACCACCACAGAGGGAUAGGAUCCUUAACGCUAUUCUAAGGAGCAGUUUUGUUAUAGGAAACGUCAACCAUGUGUCCGAUGCCAUAUCUGAAGCUGGCUGCAGUGGUAAUUCCCAAAUAACAUAUAACAACCACGAUGAAUACACCGAACCUAGUAAUUAUGAUGACAUAUCUGAUGAAAGCCUUAUGGAAGUCUUGAAAUUGGAUCCCAAUGAUCAACUAAAAAUUACGGAGAUUGGAUUUGGGAGGCUCAGGUGCUAAGAGAAAUCGCCGUCCAUGUACAUGCACAGUGCCAGAAGGCGAAAGCGUUACAUCACGUUUAAGAAUUCGUACUUAAAAAAAGAAAUACUUCAAGGAGGCUGCAUAAAAAUCAUAUGCCUUGUUUGUGUGGACGGGCUGUUAUCGAGCGGGAAAAGCUAUUUACCUUAAAAAUAACUGCCUAUUUUUAUAUACAAUAGCCGUAUAAAACUUACAAUAUAUAUUCAAGUAUGCAUUUACAGCUAUAUAUUGGUAUAAUGAGCCAGCUUGCCAUAUCCUAAAUGCUAAGUUAUAUUAUGUAUUUAUUAGCUAAUGUCGCUUGCUUGUGCUAUCGCUCUGCGAGUUAAAUAUGCGCUAAAAUGUUUUUCUAUUGGCUUUGCUCUUCUAACAUCUUCGGCAAUUUAAACAGCCUUCGUCAAGAUUCUAAAUAAUAGUCCAUUCUUUCAUUUGGUCAAUAUAUUAACUCCACUUCAAUACUAUGGACAACACCUUUCUUAGUACACUCCCCGAAAGAUGUCGCUCCACACCAUACUAAGUAGGGCUAUAACAAUAACAAGAAACACUUUUACACUUACACUUAAAGCCAUUGAUAUCAUUAUUUAAGUACUAAUU